CUGAUUAGUAGGAGAGAUGAUGGUUCCAUCCAACGUGCUGUAUAUAGAAAGCCGACAUGGAUAGGGCAAUAUCUUAAUUUUCUUAGUCACUACCCAAUUCAUUACAAACGUGGAUUAUUAGAGGGCUUAUCAUAUUUGUACUAGCGAUACUAUUGAAACAUUAAUGAAUAAUGGUUAUUCAUUGAAGUUGAUAAACCACUGGAAGUGUUGCAAUAUGAUUAGGCCUAUGACGAUUCUGGAACCCAAAAAGCAAGUUUACAUUAUGUUACCAUUUAAAGGCGACUCAAAUCGACUCAUGUUGAAACUUAAAUUAGCCAUCAACCGGAAAUUUUAUGCAGCUCAAAUUGUCAUUAAUGAAAAGACAAGGUGUAUGGUUCACCAAAAACCCAAACAGAACGAAAGCGAUUGUGUCACAUCCCAUUGUGUCUAUCAGUUUACAUGUGUAUGCAGAAACACACACAUUGAGAGGAACAAUCAUGUUCUGCAAUUAAAACUGGCGGAACACAUACCGAAAUGGCUGCAUAAACAAAUGAAUUCCGAUGGUCAAAUAAGAUCACAGGAUAGACAAACAUCUCCCUCCAUUAAGAAACGGCGAGACUCUAAUUUAUGGACGACCUUUAAAAGAAUCUUUAUUGACCUUGAGAAUAUUAGCCAAUCAGCAAACAGUAAGUAUGGAGUAAAAUUCUAUUAUACAAAACCAAGGAAAUCAAGUGGAUACACUUCUUAUACGUGGUUCAAAAACUUGUCAAGGUUGGAAAGACAUUCAGAGGUUCUAAAGUCGUAAUGUAUACAGAAGAGGAAAUCAUCCAUACGGCUACAGAAUAGUCGGCCUCUGGAGCCAUGAUAAAGUCUCAAAAACGC